AUGGACGUGUUGAUGCUCCUGCUGCUGCUCUUUGGGCUGUGGGUCGGGCCGGUGUUGGCUCAGGUCCGCCACCCUUUGCCCGUUCUGUGGAUGAUGCCGGUCAGCUCGGGAUGGGGGGGCAACCUGACGGCCGGCGUGCCCCCCGCUGUCAGACUGGCCCUGCAGGACCUGAAGAAACAACCAGCGCCUCUGGGAAACUACGAGAUCCAGCUGCAGCUGCUGGACUCACAGUGUGAAGCGCCGUCGGCUCUCAAAGCUCUGUUUGAUGCCAUGUGGUCGGGACCAAAGUACUUGCUGCUGUUUGGAGGAGUGUGUCCAUCUGUGAUGACGCUCAUCACUCGCUCUCUGCCAGCUCUCAACCUGGUGCAGGUGUCCUUUGCAGCACCGCCCCCCAACCUGUCCAACAGGAAGUGGUAUGGGAACCUGUUCAGCACGGUGCCAUCAGACCGAGUUCUGAACCAGGCCACUGUGAAGCUGCUGCAGCGCCACAAGUGGAACCGAGUCGCCAUCAUCACACAGGAAGGACUCCGACGCUCAGAGAUGAAGAAGGAUCUGAUUAGACAGCUGAUGAAAGUCGGCGUUCAGGUUGUUUCCACUGAGAGUUUCUAUGAUGACGCCUGCAGCGGCCUGAAGGAGCUGAAGGAACGUGAUGCUCGAAUCAUCAUCGGACAGUUUGAAGAUGAUUCUGCAUCUGAGGUUUUCUGCUGUGCCUACAGACUGAACCUGUUCGGGCCGCGGUAUCAAUGGAUCGUUGCUGGUGGAGGAACAGCUGGAUGGAGGUUCGGUUGGCAGGCAUCUGGCUGCACAGCCGACAGUCUCCUGAUGGCUGCAGACGGGUCCUUCAGGCUGCAGAUCAGACAGCUCAGCGACACAAACACAGCAGGGGUCUCCGGACAGACUCCUCAGGAGUACCAGGAUGCCUACCUCAGAGAGCUGAUCCAGGAGAGGUCAGAGGUCAGCCCCCUCCACGCCUAUGCCUACGACGCCGUUUGGGUCGCUGCCAAAGCUCUCAGCCAGGUGAUGGAGGCGGUGAAGCACAGAGAGAAGUACAGCAUCCAGAGAAACGUCACCGUGGGCGAGGAGGAAUUUCAGAGGACGCUGCUGGAAGCCGUGAAGCAGACGCAGUUUGAAGGAGUGACGGGUCCAGUUUCCUUUCGAAAUGGAGAGCGGAUGAUGUCGAUCGAGGUGACCCAGUUUCAAGGCAGCAGCGGCGUGUUAGUGGGAGAGUUCAGUACCAACACUCAGCAUCUCAGACUCAUGAACCACCUGCUGAAGUUUAAGGGUUCAGGACCAGCUAAGGACCAAACUGAAGAGCGUCCGCAGCAGCGUCGUGUCAGCCUCCUCCUGUACAUCAUCGUGUCAUCAGUUGCCGCGGUAACCAUCAUAAUCACUCUGACCAUCCUCUGCGUCAUCAUCAUCAACCGCAAACACUGGCUGCUGAGGCGGAGCGGUGGAUCCCAGGAUGAGCUGCUGCUGCUGGGCAUCCUGCUCUCCUCUGCCUCCAUCCUGAUUUCCGGUCUGGAUGAAGCAUCACUCUCUGGCAUGACACUUGAGAUCCUCUGCUCUGUUCGUCUUUGGAUUCUGUCAGUUGGACACACUGUUGGCUUCUCUGUGCUGUUCAUUAAAACAUGGAGGGUCUAUUCCACCUGCUGCAUCAACCAGAAGCCAGCUGGCUGUGUGCAGCUGUGGAUGUUACUGUUGGAUGUGUUUGUUUUAACCUCCUGGCAAAUCCUGGAUCCCCUCAGACGAGUGGUGAUUCAGCACAGAUUAGAGAGCGACCCUGCUGAUCAGGACGUGAUCAUCCGUCCAUACUCUGAACACUGCAGCAGCAUCAACAUGGAGCUGUGGCUCACUGCUGUCUACGGAUACAAAGGACCUCUGCUGGGUCUUGGAUGUUUCCUAGCCUGGAGCAUCAGGACUGUGAAAUCAGAUCAAUCUGCACUUCCUGGUGAACACCUGACUCUGUGUAUGUUUGCUGUGACGGUGUUCAGCGUGUCGGGGGUCACAGGAUCGCUGCUGACAUCCUACAAUCCUCCUGUUCAGUUCUGUCUGAGCAGCGCACUCAUCCUCUGCUGUAACAUCUUCAUCCUGAGCUGGCUGUUUGGAACAAAGCUUUUAUAUAUGUGGUCAAAUGGCAGCGAGCUACAGAUUGAAACUACAGAAGAAGACACUGAAGAACAGCAGAGGAGCUUAAACCAGCAGCUGAAGAGUCAAACAGCAAAGCUUGAUGUAGAAAUAGAAACCAUCACCAUGCAACUGUCUGAGACUGUGUGUGCAGUGGACAAAACCUCAGAGGAACCUUUGAGUCCAGACGCAGUCAACUCUCCAGAACAUGUGGAACGCCGUCUGUCCAUGCAGCUCCUGAUCCUCCAUCACUCCUACCUGCCCUACAUCGGUGGCGUCAGCGCCAGCAGCUCCAGUCUGUUUGGCAGCAGAGAGGCCUUCGUUCACUCAUGACAACUUCCUGUAAACCUGGAGCCACUGCUUUAGCCUUCAACUGUUCUGCAACAGAGGAUGUUGGUCCUGAUUUGUUUGGUUUUUUUACAUUAUUGAAUAUAAAAAUAAAUAUUGUACGAUAUAUAGUCGUAGACCUUCCACCAAACUGCCAUUAAAAUAUUGAUUCUGUGAUUGUGA